AUGGUAUUUUAUGGCCAAACAAUUGACGGUGUCCCAGAUAGGGGCUAUGUACUUUUCAUUACCGCGCUGGUAAUGGUGCUCACUGCGGCCAUUUUUGUCACUAUUCGACUGGCAACGAGGAUUCAUCUGAGGGAGUUCGGCUGGGAUGACCUUUUUCUCGUUAUCGCUCUAGCGGCAUCGGCCAUGACAACAGCUGCUAUCAAUUUAGCUGUAGUGCAUGGUUAUGGUAGACACAAAGCGGAUAUGGGAGGGAGCAUAAAUGUAGCUCUCAAGGUAUGUAGUGAUAUUGGGAUACCUAAUGCUCGUUCAAAACUCUCACAGUCCGACAAGUGGUUUUUCGUUGCUCAGAUUCCCUAUAAGAUUGCCCUUGGCUUUACAAAAGCUUCUCUCGUCCUCCUUUACCUCCGAAUAUUUAUUACAAAGUAUUUCCAACGCGUUGGAAAGGGCUUUCUGGUCGUUAUCGCCGCAUGGACAGUCGUUAAGAUUAAGCCCAAGCAAUGUGUGGAUAAAGAUAGGUGGUGGUAUGCAUUUGCGGCAAUUAACACACUUACCGACGUUUUGAUCGCCAUUCUUCCUAUCCCCCCAGUUUGCCGUCUGAAGCUUUCGAAACGCGACCGGAUUGGGUUGUUCUGUGUUUUCAGUGUUGGAGCAUUAAGUCUAAUGUGUGAUAACGAUGAAUAG